UCCUUAGAGUCUCCCUCCCUUUGCAAAUCCCAGUCCUGAGGUUCAGCAGCUCUGGGGCAGCUGCUUCCCACCCGUGGGGUGCGACCCCAUCCCUGCAUCCUCCCGAACCCUGGAUCAUCCCCAUCCCUGAACCCCCACAUCCUCCCCAUCCCUGCAUCCCUCGCAUCCCUGACCCCAACCCUUCAUCCUCCCGCUGCUGUGUCUGUCCAUCCUCCCCAUCCCAUCCCUGCAUCCUCCUCAUCCCUGCAUCCUCUCCCGCCCUGACCCCAUCCCGAGCCUCUCUCCAUCCCCCAUCCCCAUCGCUGCCGCUGCCCUCCGUCCGUCCCUGUCCUUCCCGGCUCCCCUGUGCCGCGGGCUGGGAAUGGUACAGCCCUGCCUGCAGCGCCCGCCGCUCCGGGGACGGUGCUGGAAGGUGAAGGCAGCGGCUGCGGGGGCUGCGGGGGCUGCGGCGGCCGCGUCCAGCCCCGACAGCUCCCGGGAGAAGGGCUGGGAGGGACCCCGCGCCCGGCUGCAUCCCGAUCCCUCCCGCGGCUGCUCCCGCGGUCCAGGCAGGAGCCAUGACCCAGGGAAAGCUCUCCGUGAACAGCAAACCCCCCAGCUCCGAGGGGCAGGGGGACAAGAAGGACAAUGCCACAGCCCCCCCGGCCCCUCCAUCUUAUGAGGAGGCGACAGCGGGAGAAGGGAUGAAAUCCGGGGCUUUCCCUGCCCCGCCGGCGGCCCCGCUCCACCCCAGCUGGGCUUACGUCGAUCCCAGCACCAGCCCGAGCUACGGCAGCGGGGGGUACCCGGGGGACACGGAGCUGCUCACGACCUUCAGCUGGGACGACCGGAAUGUGCGCAGGGUGUUCAUCAGGAAGGUUUACGCCAUCCUGAUGGUCCAGCUCCUGGUCACCGUUGUCAUCGUGGCUUUCUUCACCUUCUGUGAACCAGUCAAGGGCUACAUCCAGACCCACUCCGCCUGGUACUGGGCUUCCUACGCUGUUUUCUUCAUCACCUACCUGAUCCUCGCCUGCUGCUCCGGGCCCAGGAGAUACUUCCCAUGGAAUCUGAUCCUGCUCAGCAUCUUUACCCUGUCCAUGGCCUAUCUCACGGCGAUGCUCUCCAGUUACUACAACACCAAGUCGGUGCUGCUGUGCCUCGGGAUCACGGCCCUGGUCUGUCUGUCUGUCACCAUCUUCAGCUUCCAGAGCAAGUUCGACUUCACGUCAUACCAGGGCGUCCUCUUCGUGCUGCUCAUGGUGCUGUUCCUGGGGGGACUGGUCCUGGCUGUCAUCCUGCCCUACCAAUAUGUCCCGUGGCUCCACGCAAUCUACGCUCUGCUCGGGGCCGGGAUCUUCACCAUGUUCCUGGCCCUGGACACGCAGAUGCUGAUGGGGAAUCGCCGGUACUCGCUGAGCCCCGAGGAAUACAUCUUUGGAGCCCUCAACAUCUACCUGGACAUCAUCUACAUCUUCUCCUUCUUCCUGCAGUUCUUUGGCUCCAGCCAGGAGUGAGGGCAGCAGGGCAGGAUCCUCCCUGUGCUGGAAAUGUGAGGGGUUAAAUUGAAAAGCAGAGGCGAAAGGGUUCCGAACCACCAAGCUGAGCCAGUCCCUCCCUUUCUGGUCCAUCCAACGCACUGAGGAGCCCCGGGCCCCUCCCGCAGCUUUGUACAUUUGCUGUCAGGCCUUUGUGACCCCGAGAGCAAAGCAGGGCUUCAGUGUCGUGUCCCUUCUGCUCCCCCCACUCCCGCCCAGCCCAAACCAGUCCAGAGACUGGGGGCAGGAGACCGGGACCUCCCUGGCCCCAGGGGCUGCUGGAGGUGCCCUCUGCCCGUCACAGGGUGAAAGUGCUGAGACAAAACAACAGCGAGGGCAGCGGAGCAGGGAAUUUGGUUAGAUCCUGGCAGGAAAAGCAGCUGAGCCAAGGGAAAGGCUUGGGGAAUCCUUGCAUUGCCCUGUUUCCCACAUUCUUUUGGAGCUUGGUGGCCUCUGCACUCUUCCUGGUGGCUCUGCUGUUGGAAACACGGAGUGUGGGAUCAUGUAGCUGGAUUUGUGCUCCAGGCACAGGGAACUUGUUUGUUCAGGACGUGCAGCUCUCUGAGGCCAUCCCUGAUGCCACUGCAGGAAGAAUUCCCCUGGAUCCUUUGCAUCUGGCCAUGAGCCUUCCCUUCCCUUCCCUUCCCUUCCCUUCCCUUCCCUUCCCUUCCCUUCCCUUCCCUUCCCUUCCCUUCCCU